GAAUGGGGUCAGGAAUGGCCCCAGGUGGAUACGGCAACAGUAUGACCUCGAUGGGACCCUCCAUGUCCCCUAUGCCAUCCGCCAUGUCGGGGAUUGGAGGUGGCAUGGGCUACUCUCCACAAACUAUGGGCGGUAUGGCCACUAUGGGAGGUAUGGGUCCAAUGGGAGGCAUGGGAUCAAUGGGAGGUAUGGGAUCAAUGUCAGCGAUGGGAGGAUAUGGGAGUAUGUCUAGUAUGAACCAUAUGGGAGGAAUGAACGGCAUGGCAGCGAUGACCGGGAUGUCACAAAUGAACGGGAUGAACAGAUCUCUUGACCCCAGCCUCAUGUCCAUGGACAGAAAUGGCGCGUUGAACAGACCCAGAAAUGAUAAGAACUACAGAAGGGCAUACACACAUGCCAAACCUCCGUAUUCCUAUAUCUCUUUGAUCACAAUGGCAAUACAGCAAUCGCAAAAUAAAAUGUGUACUUUGAGCGAGAUCUACCAGUUCAUCAUGGACUUAUUUCCUUUCUACAGACAGAACCAACAGAGAUGGCAAAACUCUAUAAGGCAUAGCCUCUCGUUUAAUGACUGUUUUGUAAAAGUGCCAAGGACACCUGAUAGACCUGGCAAAGGAAGCUACUGGGCUUUGCAUCCAGACUCAGGAAAUAUGUUUGAGAACGGCUGCUACCUGCGGCGUCAAAAAAGAUUCAAAUGUGCCAAGAAAGAAAUGAUUCGACAGACCACUGGUUCAGACACCGAAAGAGAUGAUUCGGGCAUUCAUCCCGAUGACAGCAUGCCCUCAUGUGAUGACCAUAGUCCAAUGAGUUCGCCCAUACCAGGCGGUCACCCUCAGCACGGCCAAUCUCAUACACCCCCGCGACCUCAGGAUCACAAUCAACAGCAGCCUCAACACCAUCUUCAACAGCAACAGCAGCAGCAACAACAUUCCCAACAGCACCAAUCCUCAUUACUUAUACAGCCAAAGUCGGAAGUGAUAAACUCAUCCCCACACCCUCAAGAAAUGUCUCAUCCGCCAUCGACACCAAGUCUGCCCCCGCAAGUGUCUUGUCACACACCGCUGUCCUACCAUCAUGCACCUCCACCUUCAGAAUUGUCAAGCCUCCGAUCACUGAACCCCCACGAUUACGGGUCUCAACUGUCUUCACAGUCUUUAGGCCUCUACCACCCAGCUGGACACUACACACAUCAUCCGCAUCACCACCACCAUCAACAGGUGGGUCUGCACCAAUUGAACCCAAACUACUCAUUUAACCACCCUUUCUCCAUCAACAACCUGAUGUCCGAGAGCAAGUUGGACAUGAAGUCUAUGUACGAGAGCGGUUACAACGCCUAUGCCCAGAUGUCACCACUGACAUUAUCCAAAGACCCUUCACCACCAGUGAUGUCAAAUCACCAUGAUCCUGGCGGAUAUUACAAAUCCUACCAAUCCACGGUGGAUUUAUGA